GAUUCUAGCUUGAUGAACCGGCCCGCCGGAAAACACGCAAAUUGUGAUGAUUUGGUUUUUGAAGGUAGUAGCAUGUUUUUCUCUCUUUGUGAUCAGAUGCCAACUAUAGAAGAAGAUAAAGGAAGUGGUACUCCAAGUAAUGUAGAUGAACAGUCAACGUCUGACCAAAGCCGAAUUAAUGGAAGUAACAUGGAGAGAACCAUAAUAAAUAUGGUGUUAGAUGAAGGCUUUGAAAGUAUUGCUCUUAAACAUUCUCUCCCACCCCAAAAUGAUAUUCGAAGCAAGCCACUUUGCCAACAAAAAAUGGAAGAAUCUAGAAGCAUGCCUCCCACAAACGUUAGACGAGAACUAAUUGAUUCACAUAUUAAGACAAGGGGAGUGUCUGGAUCGCCAGUUCAAACAAACUUAUGUAUAUCACUCUCUGCCCCUUUAGGCAACAAAAAUGUCAGUGGUGGGACAUCAAUUGAUGAAGGGCAAAUGGGAAAGAUGAUUACUUCCUUUGUACCCAAACCACCAAAGUAUACCUUCGCUAGGCCUCCGGCUGAAGGAAGAAUGAACAGCCAGUUGCUUCCACGUUACUGGCCCAGGAUAACUGAUCAGGAAUUGCAGCAAAUAUCGGGAAACACAAAUUCCUCCAUUGUACCAUUGUUUGAAAAAGUCUUGAGUGCUAGCGAUGCAGGUCGAAUCGGGCGUUUGGUACUUCCCAAAGCAUGUGCUGAAGCAUAUUUUCCGCCGGUUUCACAACCUGAAGGCCUCCCUAUAAGGAUUCAGGAUACAAAGGGGAAGGAGUGGGUGUUCCAGUUCAGGUUUUGGCCAAACAAUAAUAGCAGGAUGUAUGUUUUGGAGGGUGUGACCCCCUGUAUUCAAUCCAUGCAAUUGCAAGCUGGUGAUACUGUAAUUUUCAGUCGUAUGGACCCGGAAGGAAAGAUUUUGCUGGGGUUCAGAAAAACAUCAAGUGAAACUUUCUUCUCAGCUCUCGCAAAGAAUGUGCCCUUAACGAGUGGUUCUUCUGGCAUGCUUCAAUCUUUCAGUGGAAGCAGAGAGCUUGUUACAUCCUCUAAACAUUUAAGUAGUGUGGAUGUGAAUUGGUACUUGCCCUCGAAUAUUGGAAACAAGAACGGGGAAGGUCCACAUUCGCUAUCACUUAUGACUCCAGACUGCAAAAGAAGUCAAAAUUUAGGCUCAAAAAGUAAAAGGUUGCUUAUUGAUAGACAAGAUGCAUUUGAGUUGAAACUUUCAUGGGAAGACAUGCAAGAUAUGCUCCGUCCACCACUCAGUGCCAGGGUCACUACCGUUAAGAUAGAGGAUUAUGAAUUUGAAGAAUAUGAAGAACCCCCUGCCUUUGCAAAGAGAAGCAUUUUUACAGUUCGCUUAUCUGGGGAGCUGGAACAAUGGGCUCAAUGUGAUAUUUGCUUCAAAUGGAGAAGGCUGCCUGCUGAUUAUCUUCUUCCACCUCAGUGGAGAUGUCAGGAAAAUGCUUGGGAUCUUUGCAGGUGCUCAUGUUCUGCACCAGAUGAGUUAGCACCACAGGAGCUCGAAUUCCUUCUCAAUAUGGAUAAAGAGAGGAAGAAACAAAGUAAUGAGAUGAAUCACAAGUCACUAAACACAGAGGAGGUUAAUUCUGAUAUGGCAGAUGCACAGGUAAAUGUGUCAGGUUCGAGAGAUGAGGAGCAGGAGGGUGGGUCCUCAAUAGCAAAAACUACGAAACACCCCAGGCAUCACCCUGGUUGCUCUUGCAUUGUAUGCAUCCAGCCUCCAAGUGGAAAGGGCAAGCACGAGCCAUCAUGUUUGUGCAACGUUUGCAUGACUGUCAAACGCCGUUUCAAGACUCUAAUGAUGCGCAAAAAGAAACGGCAGUUGGAGCGGGAAGCCGAACUUGCUCACAGGGAUCAAUAUAUGUGGGGUGCUGGAAAGGAGGACAAAGCAGAGGUGAAGAAUACUAUUAUUCCCGGACAAGUGAAAUUGCAACCAAGCAGCCACCAGCUUUGUAGGACUUCUGAAACAGGGAAAGCUUUGCUAGAUUUGAACUGUCACCCAAGUGAAGAAGCUGUGGCAGAUGCAUCACCACAUGUUAGCAUGUUGUGCCUUCUUCAACAAGCUAGCUUGUCUCUACAAAAUUAUCUGAAGCAAAGUGGUCUAACAAGCCUUGCCUCCGAACAACAAGGAAGCUCUGUUAGAUUACAGGCGGUUCCCCAAAACCAUGGAGAGAUUGAGGUACAAGUUCACGAGGAUCGGUGUAUUCCUACUAGCAGCUCAAGAACAAGAGAGUGACAAACUUUUUGGACAGGGUUAAUAUGCAAAAGACCAUUGAUCAAGAAAUGCCACUGUGCUUUUAAUUUUGCUUGCACCACAACAAUGAGAAAUGAGAAUGGGUUUUUUCCCUUUUACCUGACUAUCAACUUGGUCCGUUGCAUAAUUGUUUGAUUCCAUUCGUAGCCUUGAUAAGCUUGAUUUCACCAUGUAUUUGGAUUGUCACAGUUUGUACCUUGA